ACCCGGGACCCCGCCCAGGCCCGUGACGUAAGUAGGGUGGGUAGCAACAGUUGCCCCGGUGAGGGAAACGGAGGCGCCAUAGCCACGGUAGUCGUGGCGACCAAGCAACCCGGCAACGCGAGUCAACAACAACAACCGCCCGGCCGACCCCCACCCCCACCCCCCGGCCAGGCCUGGGGACCCCGGCACGUCCCGUCCCCCGCCCAACAUCGCCUCCGAGACCUCUGGAAAGCCCUUCCGCGGACAGAAGUGGGGAGAAGCCGAGGAAGAAAAAAAAAAGCCUUAUUUAUUAUCAUUUUCCCCACUGUUGGCAUGGCAACACAGGCGUACGUUACUGAGCUGCAGGCAGCCCCGCAACCAUCACAGCCGCCACAGGCCCAGCCCCAGCCGCCGCCGCCAGCAGCGGCGCCCCAGCCCCCCCAGCCGCCCGCCGCCACCGCCACCCCCCAGGCCCAGUAUGUCAGCGAGCUGCAGAGCCCCCAGCCCCAGGCACAGCCACCAGGCAGCCAGAAGCAGUAUGUGACGGAGCUCUCGGCCGCCCCCGCGCCCUCGCAGCCGGCCGGCGCGCCCACCCCAUCCCCGGUGUCCCAGCAGUUCAUCGUGGUCACCGUCUCCGAAGGCACCAUGCGGGCCAGUGAGACUGUGUCAGAGGCCAGCCCGGGCUCCACGGCCAGCCAGACUGGAGUCCCCACUCAGGUGGUUCAGCAGGUGCAGGGCACCCAGCAGCGACUGCUGGUCCAGACGAGCGUGCAGGGCAAGCCGGGCCACGGGUCACCCCUCCAGCUCGCCAACAUCCCGGUGCCCCCACAGGCUCUCCCCACGCAGCGCCUGGUGGUGCAGGGCACGGCCCCGGGCGGCAAGGGCGGCCAGGUCUCCCUGACGCUGCACGGCACCCAGCAGGUGCACUCGCCCCCUGAGCGGUCACCGGGGCAGGCCAACAGCUCCUCCAGCAAGACGGCUGGGGCCCCCGCAGGCACGGUGCCACAGCAGCUGCAGGUCCACGGCGUCCAGCAGAGCGUCCCCGUCACCCAAGAGAGGUCCGUGGUCCAGGCCACUCCGCAGGCGCCCAAGGCCGGCCCUGUGCAGCAGCUGGCCGUGCAGGGGCUCCAGCCGGUCCACGUGACUCAGGAGGUGCAGCAGCUCCCCCAGGUGCCCGUCCCCCACGUGUACUCCAGCCAAGUGCAGUAUGUGGAGGGCGGCGACGCCAGCUACGCGGCCAGCGCCAUCCGCCCCGGCACCUACCCCUACCCCGAGACGCCGCUCUACACGCAGACGGCGGGCGCCAGCUACUACGAAGCCACCGGCGCGGCCGCCCAGGUCAGCACACCCGCCACCUCGCAGGCGGUGGCCAGCAGCGGCUCCGUGCCCAUGUACGUGUCUGGUGGCCAGGUCGUCGCCAGCUCCACCAGCACUGGGGCUGCGGCCAGCAACAGCGCCCUGGGGAAGCGGAGGCGACUCAGCACCCUUGCCGGCCCUCGGCCCCAGGUCCAGUGGCUCCUGGACAACUACGAGACAGCGGAGGGCGUGAGCCUGCCGCGGAGCACCCUCUACUGCCACUACCUGCUGCACUGCCAGGAACAGAAGCUGGAGCCCGUGAACGCCGCCUCCUUUGGCAAGCUCAUCCGCUCCGUCUUCAUGGGCCUGCGCACCCGCCGGCUUGGCACCAGGGGCAACUCCAAAUACCACUACUACGGCUUGCGCAUCAAGGGCAGCUCGCCGCUGCUGCGGCUCAUGGAGGACCAGCAGCACAUGGCCAUGCGCGGCCAGCCCUUCUCGCAGAAGCAGAGGCUCAAGCCCAUCCAGAAGAUGGAGGGCAUGACCAAUGGUGUGGCCGUGGGGCCGCAGCAGGCCAGCGGGCUGUCGGACAUCAGCGCCCAGGUCCAGCAGUACCAGCAGUUCCUGGAUGCCUCGAGGAGUCUCCCUGACUUCUCAGAGCUCGACCUCCAGGGCAAAGUGCUGCCCGAGGGCGUCGGGCCUGGGGACGUCAAGGCCUUCCAGGUCCUGUACCGGGAGCACUGUGAGGCCAUCGUGGAUGUCAUGGUGAACCUGCAGUUCACGCUGGUGGAGACGCUGUGGAAGACCUUCUGGAGGUUCCACCUCAGCCAGCCCAGCGAGGCACCGCCGCUGGCCGUGCACGACGAGGCCGAGAAGCGUCUGCCCAAGGCCAGCCUGGUGCUGCUCUCCAAGUUCGAGCCCGUGCUCCAGUGGACCAAGCACUGUGACAACGUGCUGUACCAGGGCCUGGUGGAGAUCCUCAUCCCCGACGUGCUGCGGCCCAUCCCCAGUGCCUUGACCCAAGCCAUCCGGAACUUUGCCAAAAGCCUGGAGAGCUGGCUCACGCACGCCAUGGUGAACAUCCCCGAGGAGAUGCUGCGGGUGAAGGUGGCUGCGGCCGGCGCCUUCGCACAGACGCUGAGGCGCUACACGUCGCUCAACCACCUGGCGCAGGCGGCGCGCGCCGUGCUGCAGAACACCGCGCAGAUCAACCAGAUGCUGAGCGACCUCAACCGCGUGGACUUCGCCAACGUGCAGGAGCAGGCCUCGUGGGUGUGCCGCUGCGAGGACCGCGUGGUGCAGCGGCUGGAGCAGGACUUCAAGGUGACGCUGCAGCAGCAGAACUCGCUGGAGCAGUGGGCGGCCUGGCUGGACGGCGUCGUGAGCCAGGUGCUCAAGCCCUACCAGGGCAGCGCCGGCUUCCCCAAGGCCGCCAAGCUCUUCCUCCUCAAGUGGUCCUUCUACAGCUCCAUGGUGAUCCGGGACCUGACCCUGCGCAGCGCCGCGAGCUUCGGCUCCUUCCACCUCAUCCGCCUACUCUACGACGAGUACAUGUACUACCUGGUCGAGCACCGCGUGGCGCGGGCCAAGGGCGAGACCCCCAUCGCCGUCAUGGGCGAGUUCGCCAACCUGGCCACCUCGUUGAACACCCUGGACCCAGACAAAGACGAGGAGGAGGAAGAGGAGGAGGAGAGCGAGGACGAGCUGCCGCAAGACAUCUCGCUGGCGGCUGGCGGCGAGUCGCCUGCGCUGGGCCCCGAGGCCCUGGAGCCGCCGGCCAAGCUGGCGCGCACGGACGCGCGCGGGCUCUUCGUGCAGGCGCUGCCC